AUGCGUCUCCCUCCCCGUCGUGUUUUGACGUCAAAUAAGCGCAAGGGUAGGGAGGGUUUUGAUUCCCUGAAGCCGUCUCCACCACCAACACCAACAUCCACAACAAAAUUAGCCAAGCCGAGCAUAUCUCAAGUCGGCGCGGGAAAACUACCUGACCCUGUUUCGUCUAAUCAGCUCUUAGCCGGCUAUUUGGCGCAUGAAUAUCUCACUAGGGGAACAUUAUUUGGUCAACCUUGGGACCCGGCUCGAGCCGAAGAAGUAGCUUUGGAGCCGAAGAAGAUUAAGCCGAGCCAGAGGUUGAAAGAAGAAGAAACCCAGCCGAAUAAGGAAACUUAUAAAAGGUACGUGGAGGUAUCAAGUUUGUUGAAAGCGGGAGGGUCCCACUUACCUGGCGUUGUCAAUCCAAGCCAGCUCGCUCGCUUCUUGCAGAUGUGA